CAUGGUUUUCCCCAUGGAUGUCCUCAAGCUAGUCACACACUGGGUUCUUUCAUUCUUUAGAAUAGCUAGGAAGGUCAGAAGUUACAGUUUCCUCCAUAGAACCAACUCCCAACCUAGAUCUCAAUACAUCCAUGGCCACUACUUCUUUGAAGCUCUUCUCAAAUCAUCAUCUCCAUUCCCUUACUUCAUGCUUGUGGCCUUUGAAGGAGGGAGUCCCUUAAGAGCUCUCAUCCUCCUUCUUUCCUCUCCCCUCCUCUUCAUCCUUGGCUACAACAAAGAACUCACUCUUAGAAUCAUGGCCUUCAUCACCUUCUGUGGGUUAAGAACCAAGGACAUGCACCUUGUUUCAAGGGCAGUCCUUCCAAAGUUCUUCUUAGAAGACAUGCACCUCCAUCAUAAUCAACAAAGCACUCCACCACUCAUGUUCACUAGAUUCCCAAGAGUCAUGGUUGAAUGGUUUCUCCAAGAGUACCACCAUUCCCACUCUGCAACUGAAGUCAUAGCUCCUGAUCUUCACAUCAUCAAAGGCUCUUAUUUCUCUGGCCUUUUCCUCCCUGAACUCUACACAACUUUCACAAUUCAAAGAAACAACACCACCAAAAAACAACUAGUGUUUCAUGAUGGAAGACUAGCUUUCUUUCCAACACCCUUGGCUACCUUAGCUCUUUUCUUAUGGCUUCCUUUAGCCAUCCCUUUAUCAAUCACAAGAGCUCUAAUUGGCCUUCUCUUACCUUACAAAGCCUCAUACAUCCCCGGCUACUUCACUGGCAUCCGUCUCCGUAUAAUCAAUCCAACCACCACCACCACCACCACAACCAAAAAAAACUCAAGCAAUGGAACUCUCUACGUGUGCACUCACAGGACACUCCUUGACCCAGUCAUGCUAAGCACAGCACUUGCUCGGCAAAUCCCGGCCGUGACUUACAGCCUUAGCCGCAUGUCUGAGCUCAUUGCACCACUGCGCACAAUAAGACUAACAAGAAACAGGCUUCAAGACUCAGAAACAAUGAAGAGAUUAUUGAAAGAUGGUAACUUGGUUGUUUGUCCUGAAGGUACUACUUGCCGGGAACCUUAUUUACUCAGGUUCAGUUCAUUGUUUGCUGAGCUUGCUGAUGAGAUUGUUCCGGUGGCCGUUGAUGUUAGAGUUAGUGUGUUUUAUGGGACAACGGCGAGUGGGUUUAAGUGGCUUGAUCCUUUGUUCUUUUUGAUGAAUCCUUGGCCGGAGUAUAGUUUGGAGUUUCUUGGAGAGUUGCCGCCGGAAUUGACUUGCCGGAAGGGAGGGUGGAGCUCGGCGGAGGUGGCGAAUAGGAUUCAACGGCAGCUCGCCGGAGCUCUUGGGUUUGAGUGUACUGAGCUUACCAGGAAGGAUAAGUAUUUGGUGCUUGCUGGGAAUGAAGGAUUGGUUAACAAAAUUUAG